CACAUUUCUGGUCUGAUCACUACAACUGCAUCUGCCUAUUGGUAAACAACGCUGGUCGUUUUCUUCAAGAUGGACCGACCUCCAUCUCCUACACGUCUUCCUCCGAGCUAUGCUGAUGGACCACCAUCCUACAACAACACUGCGACUCCCGAGGACGACAAUAUGAGUACCCCAGGAAAUAACUCGUCGUUGAGAUUGCUUCCGCUUGGACAAGAGGAUUAUCGAUCCUCUACUUCAAGUCGAACUUCACCCGAUCGAUAUCACCGCCCAGGUGUGUCAACCGCAUACAGCUCUCGACCUGGAUCGAGCCUAGGUCGAGCACCUUCAAUUCCGCUACCCACAGCAAACCCUCGAUCGCCCAUCCGACCCUCCACUCCUUCGAGAGCGCCGACGGACUGGGGAAGACCGUCCAGUGUCAAUUACGAACCCGCCGAUCUGAAUGGUAGCCCGCGGCCCGGCACCCCGUCUUCACAAUAUGGAGGCAGUCCUCGAAGGCCGCUUCCACCAGCACCGCUCUUCUCUGCAAAAGGUGCUCCUUCAGAGACAGCUAUUCCAAUUGAUCCUGAAUCUGAGAAUGAUGUCUUUGUCAAUGGCCGUGAGAUCCGCCCCGACCAUGACCCUAGGUCAAGUUUGAAAUCAGCACAUUCUUACCUGACCGACUCGACCUUCACCGAAGAGGAUGAUGAAGAAGACGCGAAAUAUGGUGGUUAUGAGCCUGCACCUGAAGGCAAACAAGACAGACGAGGUUUACGAGAUGCCAUGAUGACCAAAAAGGAAGUGCGAUUGAUUAAUGGAGAGUUGAUCUUGGAGUGCAAAAUUCCGACCAUUCUACACAGCUUCCUGCCCAGAAGAGACGAGAGAGAAUUCACACACAUGCGGUACACAGCAGUGACGUGUGACCCUGAUGAUUUUGUGGUCAACGGAUAUAAGCUCAGGCAAAACUUCGCACCCACACUCCGCGAGACUGAGCUUUUCAUCUGCGUGACCAUGUAUAAUGAGGGCGAGAUCGAGUUUACCCGGACAAUGCACGGGAUUAUGCGCAACAUCUCUCACUUCUGCUCAAGGACAAAAUCAAGAACAUGGGGCAAGGACGGGUGGCAGAAAAUCGUGGUCUGUGUUAUUGCAGACGGCCGCCAAAAAGUCCAUCCUCGCACAUUGAACGCUCUCGCCGCGAUGGGUGUGUACCAAGACGGCAUUGCCAAAAACGUGGUCAACAAGAAAGAAGUGACUGCUCAUGUGUAUGAGUACACCACCCAAGUUUCAUUGGACGAAGGCUUGAAGUUCAAAGGGGCUGAGAAAGGCAUCGUUCCUUGUCAGAUGAUUUUCUGCCUCAAGGAGAAGAACAAGAAGAAACUCAACUCACAUCGAUGGUUCUUCAAUGCAUUCGGCCGCGCUCUGACUCCCAACGUCUGUGUGCUCCUCGAUGUUGGAACAAAGCCUGACUCUAAAGCCCUAUACCAUCUCUGGAAAGCAUUCGACCAAGAUUCUAACGUUGCUGGAGCUGCCGGAGAGAUCAAAGCUGACAAGGGCAAAGGCUGGAUGGGAUUACUCAACCCUCUGGUUGCGUCUCAAAACUUUGAGUACAAGAUGAGUAACAUUCUGGACAAGCCUCUGGAAUCCGUCUUCGGCUACAUUACCGUCUUGCCUGGCGCCCUUUCAGCGUAUCGAUAUUACGCUCUCCAGAAUGAUCCCAGUGGCCAUGGUCCUCUCAGCCAAUAUUUCAAGGGAGAAACACUUCAUGGCCGUGAUGCCGAUGUUUUCACAGCAAACAUGUACCUGGCCGAAGAUCGAAUUCUUUGCUGGGAGCUGGUGGCCAAGCGCGGUGAACAAUGGGUCCUGAAAUUCGUCAAAAGUGCAUAUGGAGAGACGGAUGUUCCAGAUACUGUCCCCGAAUUCAUCUCACAGAGACGAAGAUGGCUCAAUGGUGCUUUCUUCGCCGCUGUAUACUCUCUUGUCCACUUCAAGCAAAUCUGGCGGACUGAUCACACUCUCGCCCGCAAGAUUUUGUUGCACAUUGAAUUUCUCUACCAGCUACUCUCCCUCCUAUUCACCUUUUUCUCCCUCGCAAACUUCUACCUCACCUUCUACUUCAUUGCAGGAUCUCUUGCGGAUCCGCAACUUGACCCUUUCGGCCACAACAUUGGAAAAUACAUUUUCAAUAUCUUGCGCUACAUCACGGUUCUGUCGAUAUGCCUCCAGUUCAUCGUCAGUCUGGGCAACCGGCCUCAGGGUGCCAAGAGGCUGUUCCUCGGAACCAUGAUUACUUACUCGAUCAUCAUGGCCUAUACAACUUUCGCAUCCCUCUAUAUCGUGAUAAAACAGCUCACUCAACAUACUUUGGAGCCAGUCGAUCCUGACGACCCCUACAGACUUGGCAACAACAUCUUGACUAACCUGAUUGUGAGCACUCUCAGCACAAUCGGACUCUACUUCCUCAUGUCAUUCCUGUACCUAGACCCAUGGCAUAUGUUCACCAGUUCAGCCCAGUAUUUCGCACUUCUUCCGUCUUACAUCUGCACACUCCAGGUGUAUGCCUUCUGCAACACUCACGAUGUCACCUGGGGCACGAAAGGUGAUAACGUUCUGCACACGGAUCUUGGCACCGCCAAAGCCACCGGAUCGGGCAAUACGGUUGAAGUCGAGAUGCCUUCAGAACAGCUCGACAUCGACUCUGGGUAUGAUGUAGCUUUGCGGAAUCUCCGAGACCGAGUCGAAGUGCCCAAGCCUCCCGUCAGUGAGUCUCAAAUGCAGGAAGACUACUACAAGUCCGUCAGAACCUACAUGGUGGCGACUUGGCUAGUGUGCAAUGCCAUUCUUGCCAUGGCGGUUUCAGAAGCAUAUCCCGUCGGUCACAGCAUCGGUACCAAUGUCUACCUGAUCUUUCUCUUGUGGGCCGUGGCGGCACUGGCCAUCUUCCGUGCUAUUGGGUCUAGUGCUUUUGGCAUCAUCAACAUCAUCAGUGCCAUCGCAGAAGGCAGGAUCCAGGCAAAGUUCGAAAGAAUUUUUGGUGGCGGUGACGAGAAUGGUCGACAUCGUAAGGGGUUGGGAAGUGGAAUUAGUGAGAGUGGCAAAACAGGAAUGACUUCUUCCAGUGGCGGCAUGAGUCUGAGCGAUAUUGGCAGUCGCAUCAGCGAGAAGUUGAGCUCGCGAAAGUAGUGCUUUGUAAGAACAAAUGACUGGUAAUGUGUUGACAAGAGUUGGAAUGAAAUGGCCCAGUCUCAUGGCGUCUUUGGGACCUAGAGUGUUUGCAACAGGUGUUUGAUGCUAUCAUGUGGUUUGCCAUGAGGAAAUGGGAUUCGGGAAUUGUGAUGAUAAAGAGUUCAAGGCUUCCCCCGGUAUUAAGACGGCGUGUUUUAUUGAUCUGAGCCG